AUGGCGACUGCCAAGAAACUGACAGACCACCACCUCACCUGUACCAUCUGUACCGAGGUGUUCACAGACCCUGCCACACUUCAGUGUAAUCACACAUUCUGUAAGUCCUGUCUGUUGAAAUACACCAACACACAGCCUGAAGCAAUACAAGCCAAGUCCAUCCCAUGUCCCUCCUGUAGACAACUGACGAAGGUGACCACCCCUGACAGUCCAGUAGAGGAGUGGGUCAGUCAGCUGAAACCAAGCCAUGUCAUACAGGGGCUGAUGGACGACUUUGGACCAGAGAGCAAAGCGGCCCAUGUAAAUAUCUGCAGUGUUUGCAAAACACAAGAGAAGUCAACUCCAGCCACCUCGUGGUGCUCCGUCUGUGACGAGGUCUUCUGUGAUGGAUGUCUGAAGAUGCACAAUAUGAUUCCAUUGUCACGUGACCAUGAAGUUGAAUUACAAGCAGAAAUAAAAUCCCAGGAGAUUGAGCUGCAGAUGUACCAGCAACAGUAUGAGUUCACAGCCAAUGCUGUCACGUCCAACUGUGAGAUGGACAUGUAUGCCGUCUAUGAGUCGGUGGGUGAGGAGUCGACAGACAACAGAGACAGGGACAACCGACCAGCACCAGGAAGGGUUGUAUUCACUCACGACAUGGACAAGCUGAGUAAAGCAGUGGAUGAGCUACAGCUAGGGAAGGUUGAAGUUGUCAGUGGUCGAUCAGAAUUAAAAAUCAGAAAUAAAAUCAUGUCAAAAUGA